CCGACUCAAUCCUCCGUAGAAGUGUGUGUAUUGCUGUCAGCGAAACGAAAGGGGCCAAGACGCCGUGCAAACGUGCCAAAGGAAACUACAAGCCAAGCUUUCGAGGCUUCGGACUAGUUGUUUUCGUUACCAAACCUGUGUAAAGCCAUUCGUUUUUGUGAAGGCGACUGCCCUCGAAGAGGUGUAUACGGUAUGGCUUUGUCUCGUUGAACGCCCGGCCUUGCCUGCGGCUGCUCUGAGGCCCUCUCUUCUCCUGUGCUGGGCUUGGGCCGCUGCUCUGCCAUCUCCCACUCUUUCAUACUCCCAGGAUGGACUUGCACUUCUACUCGGGGCUCUCGGAUGGCCCGCUCGCACAGAACGAGACGCAGUUUCUGGACACUUCGCACGUCUUUAACAACGGAUUCAGCUCUGUAAGCAAGUUUCCAGGAAGCAGUGACAACUAUUUGACUAUCACUGGAAGUGGUCAUCCAUUUCUGACUUCAGCUGAGACUUUUCACACACCAAGUUUAGGAGAUGAAGAAUUUGAAAUUCCUCCCAUCUCUCUUGACCCAGAUCCCUCCCUAGCAGUGACUGAUGUGGUGGGCCACUUUGAUGAGCUUAGGGACCCAGCUGUGUCUGGGGGAAGCACAGGGCCUGAUGCUUCUUACAGUGGUCCCUUUACUACUCAGGGGCUGGAUCAUCUAACUAUGAGUGGAGGGCUGAUUGGUACCACCUUAAACAUGGACCUUGGCCACUCUAUAGGUUCUCAGUAUACAUCCACUUCUCCAGUGACCAUUGAUGUUCCUCUGAGUGAUAUAAACCAUAGCUUACUUGGGCACAGUCAGCUGACAACCAUUGAUCAGUCUGAGUUGAGUUCACAGCUUGGUCUUAGUUUGGGGGGAGGUGCUAUCCUUCCCCGCCCACAGACUCCAGAGGAACAGUUAUCAGCAACGCCUUCUCCUUCAAGUUCCUUACAUGAAGAGGACAGCGAAGACUUCAAAAAGGUAUCUGAGAAACAAGGGCUGGUUGAAUCUCCAGUGGCUGUCUCCCCUUCCUUGGUUGGAGUGGUUGCAACAGGAGGUAGCACAGUUGUACGAAAAGCUAAGCCUCCGAAAAAAUCAAAGAAGAAAAAAGACCCAAACGAACCUCAGAAGCCUGUGUCUGCUUAUGCCCUUUUUUUUAGGGACACGCAGGCAGCUAUCAAAGGACAAAAUCCAAAUGCCACUUUUGGAGAAGUUUCUAAAAUUGUAGCAUCUAUGUGGGACAGUUUAGGAGAGGAUCAGAAACAGGUGUACAAACGAAAGACUGAAGCAGCAAAGAAAGAGUAUUUAAAAGCUCUUGCAGUAUAUAAAGCAAACCAGCUCUCCCAGAAUGUUGAAGUAAUGGACACCGAGCCUGUACAGCCUGCACCAUCUCCAUCACCACCUCCACCGCCGCCACCACCUCCACCUCCUGCUCCAAAGCCAGCUCCUAAGCGGUCCCACUCUGCUGUGUCGAAUUCAAACAACAAUACCAUCACUAACAUCUGCACUUCUAAUAUCAUCCUUAACCACCCCCAGGUUAUAACUAGGUCACGGACUGGUGCUAUUGCCCCACAGUCCUCCAACCAGCAUUCAUCUGCUUCAUCUCAGCAAACCACUACGCCAACAGUUGCCAAAAUUAUUAUAUCCAAACAAAUACUUUCUGGCGCAGGACGCCAAAUUCCUACUUCAAUGGUUACAGUCCUCCCUGCAACAAGAGGGCUUCAGAUACAAACUGCCCCAGCUGUUACAACAGUAAGCCCAGCACCAGCUCGCCCCCUGCUUAGUCAACCUCCACCAUUGCAGCAGAUUCCUCCUCCACGUCUUCAACAAAUGGUGCAUCCUCAACCACCUCCUCCUUUGCAAGCCAAACCCAGGGGAGCUGGGUUAGCUGUGACUGCUGCAGCAGUACCACCCCCUCCUCUUCAAAUUAAGAUCGUUCCAGCUCCUGUUCCUGUGCAAAUUCAAGCUGAACCUGCCCCUGUCGCCCAGCCACCACCACCACCACCUCCCUUGCUAGUAAGUGCAACUUCUUGUUCACCCCCAUCUGAAACUUUGGAAGUUACGCCAGAUGGAAAUGUUUCUAAUUCUUCACCUGUGGUGGCCGAAGUACACGAGGAACCUGAAGAAUUACACCCUGAAGAGGUGGAGGUUCAGUUGGUUAGUGGGUCACCUCCUACACAGGAAAUGCCUUCUCCACCUACUAGUCGCUGUUUAAGGGAUGGAUGUCCCAAUCCUGCAGUGGAAAGCAAGGACUGGGAUAGGGAAUACUGCAGCAAUGAGUGUGUUGCAACACACUGCAGAGACAUCUUCAUAACCUGGUGUUCAAUCCGAGGGGCCAGCAGUACUACAGCUGUGAAAUAAUGCUUAUGAUCGAUUGAUAACCAUCCAGCAAGGAGAACUGUCCUAGAGCAGGAAAAACAUCCUUCAAAACGUUUAAUCCUUCCUGCUGUUGUGCGUUAUGCUAACUUUUGUCUUUGUGAGAAUGAAGAAACACUAAUACCACCAAGUCUUGUUUCCAAUUCUUUCAGAAAAUGGUGUUUUGGCAGCUUUUAUUGAAAUAAAAGCCUACAUUUUUACAGUUUCAUAUCCAUAUUACAUUUCUUGUCAAGGAGUGGAAGUGUCAAGAAGUUCUUAUUGCCUUUGUUGAAGCACAGUGUAUGAAGACAUUCCACAUACCAACAAUAUGUGGUUUUUUUUAUGGAGAUAUCAAAAAUGUUUGGGUAAGAAAGUGUAAACCCAUGGUAUGGAAAGGUCAUUGAAUCCAGUGGGAUGUGAGGAAAAGAGAACCUCUGAGAACCAGAGAUGUGAUAUAAGCUGUUUAGUAGUUCCAGGAUAUUUAGUCAAAGAAAAAAUCUAAUGGUCUUCUUAAUUGUCAAUAGGAGGCAACCCUCUCACCCAUUAAAAAAAGUUUUUAUUUAUUGUGAAAAUAUCUGGCCCUGUUGGAUUUUAUGCUGCAUCAUGCUGAUGUCUCACCAACAGUUCUGAAAUCAAGUUUGUCUUGGAUUUAUUCAAGGUCAUACUUAUUUGUAAGGUCAUUAUUCGUGGUUCCAUUAGUGCUUAUAUAUAAUAAAUAAAACAAACAAUAGAGUUGUAUUGGUAAGACAGUUUGUUUAAAAUACAUCACAGAAUUGCAAUAUUGGUGUUUUAUAUACAUAUGUAAAAGAAAAAAAAUUCAAUUGUAGCAAAGAAUCCAAAAGUUAUGUGUUCUUUUUUUUGGAUUUGUCAACUGCCCUUUAGAGUAAGUACUUCUCAUGUGUAGAAUUGUCUUUACUUGCUACUUCCUUUUUCUUAGAACACUUUUUUUUCUCUCGUUAUUUUUUAUUAUCUGAACUUAGACAAAGAAAACCACUAGUGUUCGUUCAUGAGUGCAAUGUUCGUAUUUAUUGUAGUCCAUGGGGCAGUAAUAAUGGGGAGUGCAGGUUCUGUCAUGAGGGGGGGCACUACCUCUAUAGACCCUUCUGCAAAAUGUCUGGUUACAGCAGGAAUUGGCUUUUUGUACAUCUUGUUAAGGCCAGCAGUGAGGUCUCGUCUCGUUUGUGCGGGGGUACUGAGCUUGAUGGUGCCAGCAGUUGAACGACUUUUGGAUAUGUUUGAAUGGGAUUUUAACUAUCCUAUGUUUUACUUGAUUUCAUAUUUCAAGUUAAUUUAUAUUAAAUCCUCUUAAUCUGAACCCAGUGGUGCCCUUAAUACAAUUCUAUGUCCAAGUCACAUUGUUUUUGUGAUUAAUGUUGGAUAAUUCAUCCUAGAACAGAACCUUUAAUGAAAACGAAGCUAGCUUGAACUACACAUGUGAAAGUAAUGGGUUUGGGUAUGGCUGUCCCCUUUUAAUCUAGAAUAAUUUUCAGAUUUUAGAUGUUAUUUCAAAAAAAAAAAAAUAUUUUUUUCCCCCUACCCCAUUCCAUUCUUGUUUUACUAAUGUCAUUCACAAUGAAGUUGACUGUAAAUAAAUGUCUUCAGUGGAAGAAAUGUUACAAAUA